AUGUGUUUUCUGUAUAAUAAACCUGUUACGUUCUCCCUUAACCGGUGCUUAAGCUUCCAAACAGCUGAGCUGAAGCUAAAAGACUUGUGUGCUAAACUGACAUUAAUAUCAAGGAGAUGUACACGACGUCUAGGAACUAGAAUGUGGAGAAGAGGAGCUAACUUUGAAGGUGACACUGCCAAUUUCAUUGAAACUGAACAGUUACUGGAAACUGAAGAUUUCAGUUUCUCAUUUUUACAGGUUCGAGGUUCAAUUCCUCUUUUGUGGGAGCAGAUUGUUGAUCUAAGCUAUAAACCACACCUUAGGGUUAUUAGUCAUGAGCAAACACCAAAUAUUGUGGAGCGUCAUUUCCAUGAUCUCUCACAAAGAUUCGGAGAGAUAUUAGCAGUUGAUCUAACUGACAAACAUGGUGAAGAAGGUCAAUUAAGUGCAGCAUACGCCGCUGAAAUGCAAAAUCAGCAAAAUGUGAGAUAUGUGCCUUUUGAUUUCCAUUUCCACUGUGGGAACUCAAAUUACGAUAGUAUGAAAAUCCUUUACGAUCAAAUUUCAGAGGAUUUUGAAAAACAAAGAUACUUCAUGAUAGAUAGAAAAGGAGAUAUACUAGAGGAGCAGAAAGGAAUUAUCAGAGUAAACUGCAUCGAUUCCCUUGAUCGAACAAAUGUUACUCAGUGUUAUAUGGCCCAGAAGGCAUUAAAUCAUCAAUUGCAGAGAAUCGGAGUGCUUACUUGCUCCGAGUGCAUUUCAAUGUUUGGCGAGGAAAAUGGAAAGUUCAGAAUAUUAUGGGCAGAGCAAGGUGAUGAGAUAAGCCUCGAGUAUGCUGGGACUAAUGCUCUCAAAGGGGACUUAGUUAGAUAUGGAAAGAAAACACUAGCUGGAUUGAUAAAAGAUGGGAUUAGUGCAGUUUCGCGCUAUUACUUGAAUAAUUUCCAUGAUGGAAUUCGGCAGGAUGCUCUGGAUCUGAUAAGCGGUCACUAUACUGUCAGAAGAAACGCUCCUUCUCCUUUUCAACGAAAUAACUUUGAACCUUUAUCUAAAAAUGUAACUUUGCAGUACCUCCCUGUAGCAUCAGCUUUGAUAAUUGGUAGUUUGACAGCAACUUCCUUCACUCUUCAUCAAGCGGGCCGAAACACACAGCAGUAUGUGUCUUCUGUAAUCUGUGCUGGAAUAACUGCUGGAAUCAUGGCAAUUGUCAAAGCUAAUGGAAGACAGUUCUGCUCAAGGCCACGUUUGUGUGGUCUCUUGUGA